AAGUGUAUUUGGUGAAAACACUCAACCAAGUCGUGCUGAGAUGUCAGAUUUCUGGGCUGCUAUAAGAUGGAACAACGGUCAUCAAAUUGCAUCCAGACUUCUGCAGUACAUACCAGAAAGACAUGCUAACAGAGAUCGAUGGGUUGGUGUCUUGCAAACCACCAAGGUUCCUGUACAUGUUAUCUAUGGUCCUGCUGAUCCAGUCAAUCCACCAGUCUUCCUAGAUAGAUAUCGGGAAUUGGUGCCACAUGCUGUGAUCACUGUCUUGAAUUCUCAUAUCAGUCACUAUCCACAGUUAGAAGAUCCUACAUCAGUGAUGACGGCAUAUUUAGGAUUCUUAGAGUCAAACAAACUUAUUUAGUUUGUCCACACAAAGUAGUUACUGAUUGAUCAAAACACAAAUGAUAUUACUUGCAUUUAUUGCAGCUUAUGUAGAUUCUUUAUAAGAUAGUUAUGACAACCAUUUUAUCCUGCCCAGAGCCUAGAUAUUAACAUUGAAAAGACCCGGGGAAUUUGGAUACUUCAACUAAUGUUGGCAUUCAGUAUGACAACACUGACUCUGUUCAGUCUAGGAAACUUGUGUAAU